UCGGUGAGGCGGGCGUGGGGUCAGGCCGUGCCGGGCUGUCGGGGGUCCCUGCGGAGCCGAGGGGCGCUGGUUGUAGCGAGGCGAGCAGGGGGAGGCACCGGAGCGGGCAGCGGCCGCCGGAGGGCCGGGAGCAGUUUGCAGUAAUGGAACAACUGCGGGAUCCGGUUAUGCAAGAAGAUGCAAAUAUUAAAGCCAUUCAUGAAGAGUACAGGAAAGCAUUUAUUUUUAUCAAUAAAGGACUGAAUACAGAUGAACUGGGUCAGAAGGAAGAGGCAAGAAGUUACUAUGAGCAAGGGCUUAACCACUUGCUCCGAGGAGUUAGCAUUCCAUCAGAGGGUCCUGCAUGUGCAGGGUCCCAGUGGGAGUCUGCCAGGCAAAUGCAACAGAAGAUGAGAGAGACCCUGAAAAAUGUUCGUGCUCGACUCGGCAGUCUAGAGCAAAACACCCCACCAGUACAAGCAUCUCCUGCUAUGAUGGAUGCCCCUCCUGGGGUGCCCAAGUUAUACCCCUCCAUUCCUUCCAAAGAAAAGCCAGAAAGACCCCCUCCCCCUAAUUCUCUGUUUGUUCCAAGUCAGUUGCCUGCAGCAGAUGGAAGUGUUGCAGCUGUGAGUCAGGGGCAAAUUCCAGCUAUGAGUCCAUCUGCAAAACCUCUUUGUUUGCCAAAUGAAGCACCUCCUGCCUAUACUCCUCAAGCUACCAAUGGUCACUUUACUGUGUCCUACGGCACAGACUCUGGGGAGUUUUCUUCUGUCAGUGAGGACUACUACAGCAACAAAUGUACUCAGCCACCUCCCCUGGAAAACCUGGGAGUGGAUGCAGAUGAGCUGAUCUUGAUUCCCCAAGGAGUACAGAUAUUUUUUGUGACUCCUGAUGGGCAGGUUAGUGCUCCUUCAUAUCCUGGAUAUCUGCGCAUUGUCAAGUUCUUGGAUACAGAUAGUGAAGCUGCUCGGAAUCGUCCACCAGCGUUUCUUCAGGUUUGUGACUGGUUGUAUCCUCUGAUGUGUACCCAGUCUCCUGUUCUGUGCUGCAAUACUGGGGUCUACAUGUUCCCCGACACAAUGUCCCAGAUACCAGGAUCCUACGUGGGAGUAGUGCUAUCUUCAGAACUUCCAGCAGCUGACAGAGAGCUGUUUGAGGAUCUGUUAAAACAGAUGUCUGACCUACGAAUCCAGGUGCCAGGAUCCCAUGAGAGAGUAGGGUUACCUUCAGAGCUCCCAGCAACUAUGAGAGCACAUUUUGAAGAUAAAUUUAAACAGAGGUCUGGCCACAAAGUCCAGCCUUCUGAAGCCUCUAGUGAUGCAAUUCACUUGCCUCAGACUGUACAUAUCCAGCCACAACCUGAAGAAGCAGAAGAUCAGAAAGAGUUACCAGAAUGGAGUGAGAAAGUUGCCCAUGGAAUCUUGUCAGGUGCAUCUUGGGUAAGCUGGGGCCUAAUGAAAGGAGCAGAAUACACGGGUAAAGCUAUUCACAAAGGAGCUUCUAAACUGCGAGAGCACAUUCAACCAGAAGAAAAGCCUGUGGAAGUCAACCCAACUGUAGCAAAGGGACUUCACGUAGCAAAACAGGCUACUGGAGGAGCUGUGAAAGUCAGUCAGUUCUUAGUUGAAGGGGUGUGUUCUAUAGCGAGCUGUGUUGGAAAGGAGCUGGCUCCACACGUGAAGAAGCAUGGCAGCAAGUUAGUUCCAGAAUCGCUAAAGAAAGAUAAAGAUGGCAAAUCUACUUUUGAUGGUGCUCUGGUUGUAGCAGCAAGUGGAGUUCAAGGGUUUUCAACAGUGUGGCAAGGUUUAGAAAGUGCAGCGAAGUGCAUUGCUAAAAGUGUUUCAACGGAGACUGUAAAAACGGUCAAAUACAAGUAUGGAGAAGAUGCUGGUGAUGCUACAGACAACGCUAUGAAUUCUGCAAUCAAUGUUGGUGUUACAGCAUUUAACAUUGAAAAUAUUGGUAUCAAAUCUGUUGUAAAGAGAACUGCAAAGGAAACUGGCCAUGCUGUGCUAGAUGAAUAUAAAGUAUUGGAUAAUGAAAAGAAGGGUAAAAAAUGAAAGCAAUUAAAUACUUCUCAGAGCCUUACAUUAGAGAUUAAACUUCCUAUUUAGAAGUAACUACACUGCUCAUCUGACAUUGAACAUAAGUCACACUGUACUUUUCAAGCAACUGUUACUUAAUUUGACAGGCAAAUGAAAAGUAGGAAGAGCAUUUGUAAGAGGAAAAAUGAAAGUUGUCACCUCCUUGUUCAGUACAGAACAAGGGGUUUAAACAACUGGAUCAGGGCUUUAGGCAACUGGAAGGAUAUGAGUUUGCAGUUCAUAUACUUGCAUCUUUAAGCACUUUUUCAAAAUAAUAUAUGGAGUAAUAGAUUACUAUAGAAAUACUAUUGUGAAUAUUUUUGUAACACUUUAUAUUUAUAAAGAAGGUGGUGAUACAGAAAGAGUAGGAUUGCUAAUUCUGGAAUAAGUAAAAUUUCCAGUUUUGGCUUUAAAACUAUCCUUAAGAAUUAGUUUUACUAAUCAAGCCUUGUCUUAUUUAAUAUGCACUACUAAUAUAAGCAUUGUGUUUCAUUGUUUCAUAGAGAAUUUGUCUUUUCACCUACAAAAAAGCUGAUCUUACACAAAGUUCAUGCUAGGAGAAAUGAAAGAUGAACCUCAGGUAAUUAGGUAGUCAUUUUGUUUCAAACUUUUUUUUUUGGUCAUCCAGCAUAUAAGUAAACCAAAGAUACCAAGUAUUUUUUCUAAAAGAGGGUAUUUUCAGGUCUAGAAAAAUGCAUUUUCCAGUUGACUUCAUGAGGAAUAUACAAAGAUUCUUUGAAAUUCAGGUUUUUUGUGUAGAGAGGAUAAAAGUAUGGUUUUGCAUAAAUUAAAGUUUUUUUCUGUGAAAAUAUUAGAGGGCACUGGGAAAUUCUAUGCAUUCUGUACUUUUCAGCUGAUCCAGAAAGAUUCAGAUUAUAUAUCAUGACUUCAUAAUGGAAGACUCCUAAUGUUUGAACAAAUAGUUUUAAUGGUCAUCAUCUUUAUUUCAUUAAAUUGAUAGUUGCACAAGGGUGUGAAGUGUUGAAAAAGACAAUGAACACAAACCCUUUUAAUGAAGAGUUGUGUAGAAUAGACACUUCUGUGUAGAUUUGUCAUCCCAUUUGUUCCACAGUAUAAAAUAACUCAAGAUGUUAAAUCCUUGAGAUGCUUUGACACUGCUACUUAUUUAACACUUUACUAUUGAGUUUUAAAGCUACUGCACAUUCUAAUAUUGGCUGGACCUGCAACAGACAGAAUUCCAACAACUUAACAACUUAUCUCCAUUUAGGUGAGAAACAACUUUCUCCAGGUAGGUGGAGAAAAUAAAUUGUUGUUGGCAAGUGAUAUUUUUAGAAGAUUGAAAAAAUACAGUAACAACUACAGUCUGUUAGAAUGGUAAUAGGUGCAUAUUUUGUGGUAGCUACUGUAGGUGUGUGCUUAAGGUGAAAAAUGUGAAAGGAUCUAACCACUUGAAGUGUAACUUUGAUUUAUGCAAAUAAAGAUAAAAUCUGUGCUUGACCUUUUUAUGAUAUGAAGCUACUAUAUGGAUCCAUAAGUGGAAGAACUAGGGCUUGUUCAGAAGUAAUAAAAUAGCAGUAUUGGGAUAUAUAUACAGUAUAAACAAGCUCAUCAACUAGAGCUUGAAUAUUUCAAACUAAUAAGUUCCAUCCAAAGUACACUGCAACAAUUUUUGUUACUAUAGUCUGCCACUUGCCAGCUUGUGUAACCAGUUAAAGUCUGCUGAAGACUUAACACUAGCAAAAGCAUUUUUUGUUGCUAUGAGCUGUAUUUACAAUAGGGAUAUAGAUAUUUUUAUCUUCUUUCUCCCUCCCAUUUCAAGGUUUUGCAUAUAGCUCAUACUGUUCAGUUUCAUCUAUAAACCAUCAAAGCAAAAAGUUCCAUUAAAACAACUGUUAAGAUCAAGGUGUUACAGUCUUCAAGAGACCACAUUGGAGUACAAUGAGGAAAAACAUUUAAAUGCCAUCAGUAUCAGGUAGUGGUGUCCGGCUUAACCUGCUGUUGUUCUCUUCAUGUGUAUGUCUUUCAAAAUGGAUUAAAACUAUUUUUUGAAUGAU